GGGGAGGGUUUCCCCGUGGACGAUGGGGAAUCAGUUGACUCCGAGUGGGACAUUUCUCCCCCCUUUCCAGACCCUACACGUGGUGGUGAUCGGGUUGGAUUGUGCGGGGAAGACGGCAUUGCUUUAUCGGCUCAAACUGCGGGAGUUUGUGGAGACCAUCCCCACCAAAGGCUUCAACACCGAGAAGGUCCGGGUCCAGCUGGACGGGGGCGGGGGCGCCAGUGGGGUGCCGAAGGCCGUGACCUUCCAGGUGUGGGACGUGGGGGGGCAGGACAAGCUGAGGCCCCUGUGGAGGUCGUACACCCGUCGCACGGACGGCAUCGUGUUCGUGGUGGACUGCGCGGAGAGCGAGCGGCUGGAGGAGGCCAGGGUCGAGCUCCACAAGAUCAGCCGCAUGGCGGAGAACCAGGGUGUCCCCGUCCUGGUCCUCGCCAACAAGCAGGACCUGCCCGGGGCGGCUACAGCGGGAGACACGGAGCGAGCGCUGGGCCUGCACGAGCCGGGCUCGCCCGUGCCCUACCACGUGCAGAGCUCCAGCGCCGUGAGCGGGCACGGCCUCCAGCAAGGCCUCGAGAGGCUCUACCACAUGAUCGCCAAGCGCCAGAAGUUGCUCCGACAUCAGAAGAGGAAGAGAUGA